CCACACAAGUCUUCAGUUCCACCCUUCAGUCAUCUUGUACUCUCUCUCUCUCUCUCUAAAAGGGUCUCUUUCUCUCUCUAUAAAAAGCAAACCCCUACACAGCCAACCAUUCUCCCCUCCCACCUUUUUCACAAUGACUGACCCUUAUUCAUCAAGCUUCUACACACAAUGGUUCAGAUUCAACCAUUUUUCUUCUUCAAACCCAAACCCCCCUCCUCCUCCUCCUCAUCAUCAUCCCUUUACCUCUCACAACCUCUACUUCAAUCACAACAACAACAACAACAACAACAACAACAGUACCACCUUUCACUACCAAACUCCACCUCCUUCACCUCCUCUCAGAGAAGCCCUACCCCUCCUCAGUUUAAGCCCAACAAGGCAUGAUCAUCAUCAAGAUCAAGAUCAACCCUCCUCUUACAGUGCCAUGGAUGUGGACAUGAUGAUGAUGAUGAAGAACAAAGCCAAAGAAGAUGAAAACCAUCGAAGCCUCAUCUUCUCCAACAGUACUAGUACUAACAAUAUGGGUGAUGCUGAUGAUGAUGAUGAUGAAACUGUUACUGUAGCUCUACAUAUAGGGUUACCAAACCCUAGUGCUGCUGAUCUGGCCUCUAUCCUCUCUUCUUCUAAUUCUAGUCAUGAGAUCACUGCUACUGAGUCUGAUAAAGAUGGAGAUGCUGCUUCUGAUAUUAAUAUUUCUGGGUACCCUUUAAACAGACUCAACAAGGGUCAGUAUUGGAUUCCUACCCCUUCUCAGAUUCUCAUUGGUCCUACUCAGUUUUCAUGUCCUGUUUGCUUCAAGACCUUCAACAGAUAUAACAACAUGCAGAUGCAUAUGUGGGGGCAUGGAUCUCAGUAUAGAAAAGGGCCAGAAUCACUAAGGGGGACUCAACCCACAGGCAUGCUGAGGCUUCCCUGCUAUUGUUGUGCACCAGGGUGCAGGAACAACAUCGAUCACCCGAGAUCGAAACCGCUCAAAGAUUUCAGAACCCUUCAGACCCAUUACAAAAGAAAGCAUGGAAUUAAGCCCUUCAUGUGCAGAAAGUGCGGUAAGGCCUUUGCUGUGAGAGGAGAUUGGAGAACCCAUGAGAAGAACUGUGGGAAGCUGUGGUACUGCAUUUGUGGUUCUGAUUUCAAGCACAAGAGGUCUCUCAAGGACCAUAUCAAGGCAUUUGGGCAUGGCCAUGCUGCUUAUGGCAUCGAUGGAUUCGAAGAAGAAGAUGAACCUGCAUCAGAGAUUGAGGUAGAUGAUGAGUCAAUGCAGUGAGAUCUAGCUAGCUACAAGAAUUAGUAGUUAAUUGGUUCAAAUUUAGUGAACUAUCUUACUAGCUACCUACUUCAUGGUGCUAAUAUUGAACUUGCAUGGUUAUGGCUUUCUGAGAAGGAACAGUUUUUAAGUUGUAAACUACUUGGAGAGCCACUUUUUCUUUCUUUAUUUUAUCAGUCUUGCCAUAGAAUGUAGUAGGAUCCAAAUUACUCGUCUUAAAUUUUAGUUUUUGUAAAUCCAUUUUGUUUUCAGCUCA